UCAUUCUUUUCACUAAAACUGCACGUUCUCGCGAUACUUGAUGUAAAUCUCGGCGGAAAACACACGCUCACGCGUUCGUCACGUGGUGUGGCGCGUGCGAGCGUGAGUGCGCAUGCGCGCUACGCCACAGCUGUCGGCCUGAGCUGGGGGAGCUUCCACGGCAAAAAAGGCUUCAGGAGGCCCGCACGAGGACGACAACAGCAACGAGAGUCCUGCUCACCGGGACCCGCACGGUCCGCCCGGACGCCGCUCGACAAACCGGGGAGGCCGCCCCUGCGUCCGCGUGCACGCGCCGAGACAAAGACUUGCGGAUGAGGACGGCAUGACGUCCCUCAGCCGGACCGGGCUCCGCGUCGCCUCGGUGCCGGUCCUGGUCCCGGUCCUGGCGCUGGUGCUGGUCCAGACCCGGUGGGCGAGGGCGGGCCGCUCGGACCGCGGCGGCGCCGCGUCGGCGUCCGAGGAGUACGUGAGCGCCACGGUCAACGCCAGCGUGAUGGACGCGCGAGGACACGCCGUCCACGUCUUGAGCAGCGAUGACGGGACGUACGGGCAGAACUCGCCCAAAGUGGACACCCGUGCGCUGCUCGUCGUCACGCCCGCGCCGCGCCGCGGAGUUGUGGAUCGUCAGGCCUGCGACCCCAACACGCGAUUCGUGGCGCCUUCCCGCGGCGUCCAGUGGGUGGCGCUGCUGCAGAGAGGAAACUGCACGUUCAAGGAGAAAAUCCUGAAGGCCGCCGCCUUCAACGCCUCCGCCGUGCUCAUCUACAACAACUCCACCAACAAGACCGUCAAGAUGGGUCAUGAAGGUACGGGCGACACGGUGGCGGUGAUGAUCACGGAAGGUUACGGCAAAGAGAUCCUGGCCCACCUGGAGAGGAACCUGAGCGUGGUGGUGACGGUCCUGGUGGGUCAGCGCAGUCCCACCAAGAACAUCAAUCGAGGCUCGCUGGUCUUCGUGUCCAUCUCCUUCAUCGUCCUCAUGAUCAUCUCGUCCGCUUGGCUCGUCUUCUACUUCAUACAGAAGAUACGAUACGGCGGCGCUCCGCAGCGCGGACACCGCCGUUUGGGCGACGAAGCCAAGAAGGCCAUCGGGAAGUUGACCACCAGGACGGUGAAGAAAGGAGAUAAGGAGACGGAUCCUGACUUCAACCACUGUGCAGUUUGCAUCGAAGCUUACCAGCUGAACGACGUGCUCCGCGUCCUUCCCUGCAAGCACGUGUUCCACAAGGCGUGCGUGGAUCCGUGGCUCCACGAGCACUGCACGUGUCCCAUGUGCAAGCUCAACAUCCUCAAGGCUCUCGGCGUCGCGAGCGGCGUCCCGUGCGCGGACAGCGCGGUUCUGGACGUGGAGCAUCUGGGUGCGGAUCGGCCGCCCGACGGCCGCGGGACGCCGUCGGGCCGGCGCGGCGGCCGACCCGCCGUCAGCCUGGAGCCGCUCGGCCCGCCCCGCCCGGAGGCCCCGCCCCGGACCCCUGCCCCGGACAUCGCCAUCGCCAGUGGUCGCUUUUUCACGUCGACGCCACCUCCUCGCAUGGAGCUCCCGGACCUCCAGGCCCCUCUGGACCUAUAUGAUGACAAGUCCUGAAGGCUGUCGCCAUGACAACCCCUCCGCCUCCCUCCCUCGCGCACGCACACGCACAUACACACACACACACACACACACACAAUGUGACUUGUGUAAGGACACCGUAGUAUUCCAAAGUGUCGAUGAAGCGGAUCCAUCUAGCUCUGGUCUGACUGGGCUUUUGGAGUAGAAGCCGGCAGAAAAACUGAAUUCCUUCCCAGGUUCUGCACGCGAGUGUUUGUGUUCCUUAAGGCUUAGAGAAUUUCUGCUCAGACCUCCGGGUGAUGAUUUCUCACUUCCUGUUUCCCCAAAUGUUUGGGAAUCUCCAAAAGCUAGCCGGGACGUUUCACUGGGUGACGAGGGUCUCGAGUUCCUCUCGAGGAUCCUGGAAAAGUUCGGAGGAUCUGGAGACUGUUCUUCCCCUGGUUUGUUCCUUGGUAGAAAAGCUGAAUUCCUAGAAUUCCAGAGUGCCUGAACGUUGGUGAGUGGAUGCCACUGCAGCUGGAUCACAACCAAAGAGCCGGAACCACCGGACCUUUGAAGCAAGGCCAGUCCAGUCCUGGGACCAGAACCAGAAGCAGAACUUCCUUUGAGAAAAUCACGUGACCUCGAAAAGCCCCGACCAAUCACAUUUCAAGGAACGGCCCCUCACCUGCCGGCGAGUCCCGCCGAGAUUCUGAACCAAGCGUUCCCCGUGUCACGUCGCUAUGGUAACCGUGUUUGUCGCCGUUUCCUCUCUGAGCGGUGUUGCGAAAUCCGCUCUUCCGCUCCGCAUUUUUCACGCCAACUUCGACGAUGAUUUUGGACUCCAAAAUGGAAACCAGGCUUCCAUUUCUAUGCUAACUAUUACCCUAGCUUAGCACAAUAACUGCUGGCCAAGAUUUGCACAAAAGACAGAAGGGAAAGGAUAAUACUAGCCUAGCUUAGUUUAUCUCAUGUUAGCAUAGCAAGACAACGAGGGAUUAAAAAAAAAAAAAGCUAAUUUAGCUUUGCAGGAAAUAAAGGGAACACGCACGUGAAAGUCACGUCCAAACGUCAACAAAUGGGCUCGCUAACGGGCCAAUUGACUCGUUAGCCGGGCAGCUGACGAGUCGACGACAUCAUCGAGUGAGACUUCAGGCUCCGUCAUACGGGCUUCCUAAAACCAUCCCUCCAUUUCUGUCGUAAGAACUCCCUGAAGCGUCCCUCCGUCUGUGUUAAUACUGUUCAUAAUUAGCAUUUUGAUGUAAGGCAGAAUUAACCCAAAUUUAUACAAUCUAUAGAGCAUUAUGAUACGGAAAUAUAUAUUAUUCAAUCUAUAGACAAUUAGAAAUGUGAGCCAAAGCUUACAAAAUACGUAAAUAAUAACCACGUGUUGUGCCAUUUGCAUAUUUAGUCAUAAGGAAAAACAGAUAGAAAUUCAUGUUGUAACUGAACACGAAUAUAUGUUUUGUAUUUCACAUUCAUCACCGCGACACCAAUGGGAGGCGUGUGAUUGGUCAAGUUCAAUUGUGGGUGGGGUCAGUUGUGAGGCCGGUGAGCCACGUCAAUCAAGAUGUUAAGCAAUACGUAUUGAUCUGUCAUGAAUAAAUACAAAUCUAUUUCUUGGCACAUCACUGGAUGGUAUGACAUGAAACAAAAGCUUUUAUCAUCUCCACAACAACUUUAUAAUUUGAUGACUUCAUGUUUGUUGUAAAAUAUGAAUACAAAAGUGACGUAUGUAUGAAACAUGAAGUUAAUGUCCUGUAGUUCAUUUGCUGAUUCAAAUGCUGUCAAUCAUUUCACCCGUUGGACCCGCCUCUACUGGUCACCUGGUCCUGCCGUGCAAUGUGAUUGGUCCGCCGCCAGAUCAUCCAACAUUCUCUUAGCAGUUUUGUUGAUGCGUUUACUGAUGA